AUGAAUUAUUCUCACUGGAUUAAAAAAACUAUACUAAACAAAUAAUAAUUGAAAAAAGCAUCUCACAAUAGUUAAAGCACCUAAAAGAAAAAAAUCAAUAAAGAAUAAUUACUAAGUAUACGAGAUUUGUAUAAGUAACAAAAAUGGUAGCAACUAAUUACAGCUUCAAAAAGAAAUAGAGGGUUGUUUUAAGAGUAUGACUAAAUUAGAGUUUAAGGAAGAGACAUUAAUGUUGGUGAAGCUGUUUUAAUCAAUAGUGGUGAUAAUCAUGAGGAUGAUUAUAUAGGGAUAAUCAAAUAAAUUGUGUCUAUUAUGGUUCCUAGAACAAAUAAAUAUAUAUGUUUAUGUAAUAUUCAAUGGUACAUGAGAAAGAGUGAAGUUAUUAAAAACCAUCCAAAAAGUAAUGAAUGGGUUUCAGAAUAGGAACUAUUUAAAACCAAACAUUAAGAGUAUAUUUUAGCAUAGACUAUUAUAAAUAAAUGCAAUAUUAUAACAUGUAAUGAGUAUGUUGAAUUGAAUGAAAUAGAAUCAACUAUUUAUUUUAAUAGAUUAUCAUGGGAUUCUGAAAAAUAGAAAUUUAGAGGUUAUGAAAUAUUAUAAAAAUUCUGUUUAUGUCGAUAACCUUUGAAUCCAGAUAGAAAAUAUAUUUAAGUAAUAAAUUAAUAUAAUAAUAGUGUGAUUCAUGUAAAGAAUGGUAUCAUUUAGAAUGUGUAGGUAUACUUGAAGAGAAGAUUGGGAAUAAUAAUUACUUUUGUUAAAUUUGUUAGUGA